CUGUCUGGGUCUGAGGCUUAUAAGACAUCUAAUCUGGAACUGAGUUCAGCCCCAACUAUGGCAGAGAUUCAGCUCAAAUUAACCAAGUCUGAGAACAAUGAUGACAGACAUCCAGGAACAGUAUCUUGGCUCAUCACUGGUAUCAAUCUGGAGGAUUUACAGGAUGCAUUGAGAGCAAAUAUACAACAACUUCCUAAUGAUGCAACCUCUGCUCAGAAAGCUUCUAUAGAAGAAAAGCGGCAGAGAUUGGCAGCUAGGAUUGCCAAAUUUCAUGAAACUGCUGAUACUAUGACUGCUGGCAUGGAUCUUGAUAUUGGAACAGUGCAUUCUGAUGAUCCUAGAUUCUGUCGUACAGAUAAUGAUGGUAAUGAGUGGGUGGAGGUUUCAGAUGAAGAGGUCUCAGAGGAUAUAGAUGAAGAAAUCCUCACAGAAGAGAUGGGUAUCUGGAUGCCA